GGGUGAUCUUGGAGCCGUCUUGGGGGUCGCCUGCGCCGCCCUGGGUGCAGCCUGGGAGCUUCCGCCGCCCUUCUGGCUCAAGCAUUCGUUCACUGGCAGCGCCGCACGAGGCGCCGGGCACCACCCCCGACCCCUGACCUCGGCAAUGGCGGCGGCGGCGCCCCAGCAGCAGGCCGGUCGCGGCCUCGCGGAGCGGCGCUGCGAGCGCACGAGCCGUCGCACCAGGACGUGGCCGUUGGCCGCAGGCCACGGACCUUUCCCCGAGCCCGACGAGGCCACGAUGUGUCCGUCGAGGUGCGCGUCCAAAGAGACGGUCACCGCCGAUCAGGAGCUGUCCACCGCCAGCUCGGCGGCCACAGCUGACUGCAGCAGCAGCUCGGAGGGCGGCCCCAAGCAUGGCGUGGGUGCGUGCAGUUUCAGUUCCGUGGGGAAUACAGACAGCGAGGGCAGUGAUUACGACUCCAGCAGCGGCGCCAGCUGCGUGGUCAAGAAUGCGAAUUGGGCGGACUGGACGGACCUGGAGCUUAGGCCUGACGUCGGACGAGGUGGGCAGGUGACCCGAGGCACUGGUGUGCUCCAGCAGAGGGCGGACAAGUCGGAGCUGCAGGCCUGGACCAGGGCCAUCUGCGAGGAGCCUGCUGAGGCGGCCCCCCCGAUGCACGCCAGGAAGUACGCCGUCCCUAACUCGCGCUGCAGGGCUGCAUGGGCGCCCCAGCAGUCCCAGCCGCUCACGGCCAGCCCGCAGUUGUUAAUCCCGAACAGGCGGGUGUCCAGCAGCAGCGCCGACGCUCGAAGCGAUGGUGGAGCCUCUCCCAUGGGCGACGGCACCAACCGCAGUGCAGGUGGCCGCCCGACGAAGGGGAAGGCUGCUGGCAUCAUCCCCCAGCCUGGCAAGGUGACCACGCUGAUGGUGCGCAACUUGCCCCCCACGCUGAAGCAGCACGACUUCGUUCUGGAGCUCAACGCCACUGGCUUCGAGGACACCUUCGAUAUCUGCUACAUCCCCAGGGAUUUCUCUUCCGGGCUUUGCAAGGGGUACGCAUUCGUGAAUUUCAAGCAGGCCGCCGAUGCAUCCCGCUUCCGCGCCACCUGGCACCGCACGGAGCGAUUUGGCUGCCACGAGCAGCUCGUGGACGUGUCCCCAGCUCACACCCAGGGCUACGAAGCCAACGCCGCGAAGGCCAAGUGUGCCCAUGUGGCCAAGGUUCGGAAUCCAGACUUUCGCGCGCUCAUCAUCAGCAAGGACCAGGCUGCCGAUCCGCCGUCGCCCGUCGGCUCGCCGUGCAGCGCAGAGCUCGGCAGGCCGACGCGCGCGCCGCCUGGCCCGGCCAUCAGCUUGAGCCCAGCAGCCCUCAGCACGCCACUGGGACGCGGCGCGACGCCGUUGCCAGGGAACUCCCGGGAGGCUCCUUGCCCUGAGGCGGGCGAUCGCGUCGUGGGGUUUGCACGGCCGGCGCCGCAGGAGCUCCUCGGGACCCGCAGCGCCUUCCCGGCGCCGCCCCACUUGCAGCACCAUCUGCCGCAGCGCCCGCUGGCAACCAGCCCAGCCAUCGUGCCCCACCUGGUGCCAGCCGGUGUCUCCGUCAUGGUCGUCAUGUUGGUGGGCAGCCCCCAGCACAGCAUGUUCCAGGAGAGCCCGGCGAUUCAGAUGACCUCGACGCCGAACUACAGCAGCAGCGCUGCUCGGUGAACGGCACCCUCGAAUAGAGCGCGCCCCAGUACAUAUCCCUGGGCACGGCGUGUUGCAUGCAAUCAAGUGCGGCAAGUUGGUUCGUGUCUCGACCUCGAUUUUCUCAUCGCUCUGCCCACUCUAAGUCGCCUCCCCUUCUCUCAUCGUCCUUCCUCCACCUCCUCCUUUCAGGAUGCCUCAUAUGCACGCGCACAUGCCGAAAGAAGCGUUCGACGCCCGUCUUUGCAUGACACGUUGUUCUGGGUAUUGAUGUGUGUACCUCCUUCCCGCAUUCAGGAAAGGGCUGCGUAGACCAUCAGUGUCCGGGUCCCAGCGCGUGCACGAGGAUGUACAGCGCCUUCCUGGUUGACUUGUUUGACUUUCAGGUGCGAGCGUCAUCGCGCUUCUCGCAGUACGAGUUCUUCUGGCGGCGACCUAGGCGGCUGAGCCAAUCUUGUAGGUCAUGGGUUGCAUCGCUGCCCACACGCUUUGCGAUAGUUCGCGCCGUGCUUGAAUGGCUGGUGCAUUCAUUUCUCCGUCGGCAGCAGCGGCACAACGCGGCCAUGUCAGCCGGCACGAAUCUCAGGGGGACGGGG